UUUCUUCUCUAUUGUUACUUUGAUUUUAGCAAAUCAGACGACGAAUGGUACAAUGUGACGAGCCAUAACGGGACAGAAUUAAGAUUUAAAAUCACUCCUGAGUUUUAUGGAGCAGUAUUUCGUGUGCGCACAGAGAAAGGAAUCAACGUGUCAGAAUGGCAGUAUUCUGAUUCAGUCAAGUGUGCAAAUACUAACACCUGUGUUCCUGUAUUGAAACUGUCUGUGAAACCUGAGAUGGCUUAUGUGACUAUGGCACACAUGGACAAGAGCUUAGAAAGAGAAUAUGGAGAAAAUGUUGCAUUUAAUUUAUCAUUCUGGAAAGUGAAUAACGGAGGAUACUCAAAGGCAGAGUUUGUUAUUACAAAAAGCAAGAAUGAACACAUUUUUAAACUGGAAUCAGGGGAAAACUACUGUUUCCAGGUUCAGUAUUUGCUCUUCGAAAAGCCUUAUGGGAACGUUAGCAACCAAAUUUGUGCAAUCAUCCCAGAAACACCUGAAACAAUAAAGAGCAGGGCUUUACUCUAUAGUAUAUUAACUUCAUUUCUUGUUACGGCCAUAUGUGGAGUCUGCAUUUUUCUGCUUUUUAAACAUCACAAAAAGGCCAAACAGUUGUUCCAGCCCCUUCGCCUGGAAAUUCCUCAUCACUAUCAAGAGUUUUUUAGGUCUGGGGAGUUUCCUCUUCAAGCAUGUCCAAGUCCCAGCAGGCAAAGUUUGCAGUCAAUUGACAUGAUCACAGUAAUAGGGUACAGCCAUUUGAAGCAGAAAGGCCAAGAAGAGGAACAAGAAAAAUCAUUUUAACUUAACGGCUGUGUGCAUAUUUAUUAUGCAUAUUCUUAGCUUAUUUACUUUUUUUUGGCAAAUAAUAUACUUUGCACUUCACCAACAGACUAUACUUACAAAUUCAGAUCUGUCCUGUGUAAAUAUAGAUUUUUGUCGAAUUCUGGUUCAGGAUCAGAAGACAUUUAUAUGAGCAUCAGGGUAUAUAUAUUGUUUGGCUAUAUAGGGUAUAUUAUUACUUGGAGUAGUUUUUCACAUUUAUUUCAGCUAUUUGUGUUAGAUUAGAUGGCAGUGUUCGACAUUUCUAGCUCUAUUAACACUAAAUAUUAAAAUUGUUGUUUGUUGCAGCAGUUUUAGGACAAUGUAAUCACUAUCUACAUCUAAUCUGCAUAAGUAUGGGGAAAGCAGGGGUUGAGCUCUGGUAAAUAAUUUAAUUCCUUCCCAAAACCAUUUAAAUAUGGUUAAAUAUAUAUGAAAAUUGCAAAUCACUGUAAUAAUUUAAUUUGCUUGUUAUUGUUUGGCACUAUAUUGGCCACUCUCUUCUAUCUUCUGAUAUUCCUUCCCUGUUACAACACAAGACACAAGUGCUCAGUUUUUAGUAUUAAGUAUUGAAUUACCUUAAUAUUAUUUAAUAUUAUAAAUUCCUUCUUAAUAUCAGUAUAGUUGGUCUUGUCUUCCCCACUUCUUGUAUAUUUAUGUAUUUUCCAUUUUUGAAUGUCCUUUUUUUUUGUGAAAAUUUUUUGGUUGCCAUCAUUUCAAAAAUAUAACAUAGCAUAGCAUUUCAUGUAACACAUACAAUGAUUUAUGCUGAGAAAUUCUUUAUGGAGGAAAGGAGGAUCUUUGAAGAGUGGCAUUAUCUUAAAAAGUAGAGUGUGUCAGAGCUUAUUUUAAUUACAUGUUAUUUUAAUUACAUUAAAUGAUAAUUUGGUUUGCUUCAUAUAAAAUGUUUAGCCUUUUGUAUUUUUAUGUUCUUGUAGAAAAAAAAAAUGAAAGCCUUAAUUUGUCAUAGUGGCCAUUUGACAAACAAGUUAGUAGUUGCUUUGUUCUAUAUAUAUAUAUAUAUAUAUAUAUAAAUAUAUAUGUAUGUGUGUAUGUGUGUGUGUGUGUGUGUGUAUAUAUAUAUAUAUAUAUAUUAUACACUGUAAAAUAGUAGUGGAGUUGAAUGUAUGUGGUUUGAUAAAUGACUUUCAUAUAAUGUAUAAUCAUGAAAAUGCUUUCCAUAGAUUUGAAACUACUGUUAAUUUAGAAAAAAUUACUCGCUGUGUUUUCGGUUUAAGCAGGCUAUCAGACAUUUAUCUUUGCAUAACUGUGAAAUCCCUGAAGAAUGUAAAAGUUAGUUGUUUGCUUUUCUUGUUUUCUUGCUCAAGAGGAUUUGUGCAAGUUUCAUAAUGGAGAAAAAGGUGAUAGAAAUUAAAAAAUAAAAUUAAAUAAAAA